UUGUCUAUUAAUUAUAUUAUUUGAAACCAUGUAAAUUAGAUUAUGAUUUUAAUGCUUAAGAAAUGAUUUUAUCCAUAUCCUUUUAGUCAUUCAAUGUUUUUAUGAGUGGUAAGAGGGCAUUCUCCACUUUCUGUCAUGCCAUAUGGGCUAUGAAGCUGGGGUCUAUUAUUUCCUUUUAAAAAAGAAAGUAAAUCUCAUCACUUUGAGUUAGCUAAGGGGUUUUCAUAUUUUCCCUAUAUGAGGCCAUAUAGUAAACAUUUUAGAUAUCUCAGGUUUUUAGCCUAACUGCUCUAUUCUGUCAUUGUACCAGGAGAGAGGCUGCAAAUAAUGUGCAAAUAAAUUAGUAGAGACUAAGUUCUUAGUAAACUCUUUACCAAAAUAGACAGCAGGCUGGACUUGCCCUCAGGUCAGAGUUUCCUUCCUCUUAGGCAAUUUGCAAGUUAGUUAUUUUAAUCCUCAAAGAGGCUAGAAUAUUUCCAUUUUAAAGAUGAGACCUCAUUUUGGUGCCAUGGACGGCAUUGACCCAGACAUAGCAGUUAGCGCGAAUCAGGGAUCUGACGAGCUUUUCUCUACGUGUGUCACUGAAGGACCCUAUAUAAUGAGCAGCAACUCUACCUCUGCAGCAAAUGGAAAUGAUAGCAAGAAGUUCAAAGGUGACAGCAAGAGUGCCAGUGUCCAGUCCCCUGUGAUCCACAUCAACAAGCUGCCCAGUGAAGUCACCAAGGGCGAGGUACUCUCCCCAAACCGAGCACAAGCUGAAGUGGCCCUGCAGUCUGGGAACUCUGUCCAUUCGGCGAACCUGACCUGCGCAAAUCAGAGAUCUGACGAGCUUUUCUCUACGUGUGUCACUGAAGGACCCUUUAUAAUGAGCAGCAGCUCUACCUCUGCAGCGAACGGAAAUGAUAGCAAGAAGUUCAAAGGUGACAGCAAGAGUGCCAGUGUCCAGUCCCCUGUGAUCCACAUCAACAAGCUGCCCAGUGAAGUCACCAAGGGCGAGGUACUCUCCCCAAACCGAGCACAAGCUGAAGUGGCCCUGCAGUCUGGGAACUCUGUCCAUUCGGUGAACCUGACCUCGGCCACAGCUGUGGAUGCAGGGAUGACAAUAGCUAGGCACAGCUCUGUGCUCAGGAUCAUCAUAGAGAACGUCUUCUUCCCUGUGACCCUGGAUGUACUGCACCAGACUUUCUCCAAGUUCGGCACAGUCCUGAAAAUCAUCAAGUUCAUCAGCAACAACCAAUCCCAGGCAUUACUGCAGUACGCAGAUCCUGUGAGCGCCCAGCAAGCCAAGCUGUCACUGCACAGGCAGAACAUCCUUGAUGGCUACUGCACACUACGCAUCUACUUCUCCAAAAUCACCAACCUCAAGGUCAAGUAUAACAACGACAAAAGCCAUGACUACACACGCCCAGACCUGCCCUCUGAGGACAGCCACCUUCCACAGGAACAGACCAUGGCCACAACCUCUCUGUAUACCGGAGCUGGGUUCCCUCCAACCUUUGCAAUUCCUCAAGCCGUGGUUCUUUCUGAUCCUAAUGUGCAUAGAGCCCCAGCCCUGUUGCCCACCCCAAGCCUGGCAGGGCCUGGGAACUCCAUUCUGCAGGUCAGCAACCUCAAUCCCAAAAGAGUCAGACUCCAAAACCUCUUUAUUCUUUUCGGCCUCUAUGGUGAUGUGCAGCGGAUAAAGAUGUUCUUCAACAAGGAGAACGCGCUUGUGCAGAUGACAGAUGGGAACCAGGCCCUGCUGGCUAUGAAGCACCUGAAUGGGUUAAAGCUGCAUAGCAAGCCCAUCAACAUCAUGCUGUCCAAUCAUCAGAGCUUAGAUCUGCCCCAUGAGGUACAGGAGGGCCAGGGCCUCACCAAGGACUUCAGCAACUCUCCACUGCACCGCUUUAAGAAGCCCAACUCCAGAUCCCUCCAGAACAUCUUCCCGCCCUCUGCCACCCUGUUCCUCUCCAACAUCCCACCUUCCCAAACAGAGGAAAACCUCAAGUUCCUGUUCUCCAGCACUGGGGGCGUGGUCAAGAGGUUCCAGUUCUUCAGAAAGAACCAUAAGCUGGCGCUGAUCCAGAUGGGCUCCGUGGAGGAGGCAGUGCACGCGCUCAUCAACCUGCACAAUCUUUACCUGGGCAAGAAGCACCAUCUGUGGAUCUCUUUUUCCAAGUUCACGUCUUUGUCUGGGCUCCCUGGAGCCCCUUCCAUCAUUCCAAAAAAAAGCCAUAUUAAGAAGCAGCAGCUGAAGUGACCCUAACAGACCAGAGAUUUUAUUGUUGUAAAGAGAGAAGUCAGUUUACUUUUUUAAAAAAUAAACUUAAUUUAGCUCACCUUGCUGACAAAGAAACAUGAGCCAUUACUUGCUCAGGCUGUAGCUCAGUGGUGAAGGACUUGCCUAGCAUAUACAAGCACCUGUUGUCCCAGCAACACAGGAGACCAAGGCAGGAAGAUCCCAGGUUCCCGGCCACCCUCAAGGACUUGGCAAGACCCUGUCUCAAAAUAAAAAGGGCUGAGAUUAAAUGCACUCCUCCAUACACACACACACACAAUAAAAAGUCACAUCCAUACAAAAUGUACCUUGGAUGUGGAUCUUUGGGGUUUUUUUGUUGUUGUUUUUUGGUACUAGAGAUUGAACUCAGGGGCACUCCACCAGCCCUUUUUUGUAUUUUAUUUAGAGAUGGGGUCUCACUGAGUUCCAUAGAAUCUCACUGUUGCUGUGGCUGGCUUUGAACUCAUGAUCCUCCUGCCUCAGCCUCCUGAGCUGCUGUUGUGUGCCACAGUGCCCAGCUGAAUGACUUUAAUUAAGCCAGGGUAAAGGUAAGGGAACCCAGCCCUGGGCCAUGAAAAUGGGGUUGACAAGAGAAAACACGAAAGGCAAGAGCUCAUGUGUAUACGCUUCAUUAACUCUUUUCCUAACAUUUUUGUCCCAUUGAUAAAUGUAUCAUUUUCUUCAAUUUUUUGAUUAUAUAUUGUUCAUGUAUGAAGAGUAACAAAGAAUAAAGUAACAUUUCUGUUUCUUUA